GUGAUUGAGACAAAGGAGAUAGGAAGUGGGUUGUAAUUUGUAAAUGAAAGGGGAAGGGAAAAUGAAGUCCAAGAUGAAAUGGGUUGGUCUUAUUGGUCUUGUGCUCUCAGCUUUCUCAAUCUUCACACACUUUCUUCUUGCUAGAUUCACUGAGGAUGUCAUUGCUGAGUAUCAGUCUUCAAUCACAAUCUUUUCAUGGAGACCCAUCUUUGAAAGACCGGAUUUUCCCACAAAUAGUCUUUCAUAUAGAAGACUAUGGGGUCCUGUAAGGCGUCUUGAAUCUUUGCAUCCUGACCCCAAUCCUAGAGGAUAUUAUGGUGAUCCCAGUUCACAAUCAAAUGGGUUUAUUUUUGUCCGGAUACAGGGUGGUUUUCAUGAGAUCCGGAAUUCGAUAUGUGAUGUGGUUGUGGUUUCUCGACUUCUUAAUGCUACAUUAGCAAUUCCUGAGAUCCAAUCAACAACAAGCAGCAAGGGAAUAAGCUCUCAAUUUAAGAGUUUUGCAUACCUAUAUAACGAGGACCAAUUUGUACUGGCACUAGCCAAAGAAGUGAAAGUUGUGAGAACUCUUCCUAAAAAUCUUAAAGGAGCAAGGAGAAAGAAGGAGAUUCCUUUGUUUAAAGUACCACAUUCAGCAUCACCAUAUUAUUAUUUGCAUCAUGUUCUCCCUGUAUUAAAGAAGCAUUCGGUGGUUGAGCUAGUUGUUUCUGAUGGUGGAUGCUUGCAGGCUAUUCUUCCUCCUCAUUUUGAAGAAUAUCAAAGGCUUAGAUGUCGAGUUGCUUUUCAUGCUCUUCGAUUCCGGCAGGAAGUCCAAGAGCUUGCUGAUAAGAUUUUGCAGAGGUUAAGAGCUUUUGGUCGCCCAUUUAUUGCCUAUGACCCUGGUAUGACAAGAGAUGCUUUAGCAUACUAUGGUUGUGCUGAGCUCUUCCAGGAUGUACAUACUGAACUCAUUCAACACAAAAGAUCUUGGAUGAUAAAGCGUGGAACCGUCAGGGGGAAGCUUUCAGUAAACUCAGCUGAAGCAAGACUAAAUGGUUCUUGUCCUUUAAUGCCAGAAGAGAUUGGUAUUCUUCUGCGUGCCUAUGGAUACUCAUGGGACACAAUUCUUUAUGUGUCCGGGGGAGAAGUCUUUGGUGGCCAAAGGACAUUGAUUCCACUCCAUGCUAUGUUUGAAAAUGUUGUUGACAGGACUUCUCUGAGCACUCCUUGGGAGCUGAAUCGAAUCUAUGGGCAAGAGGUUAACCUUGUUAAUACUCAUCUUGGGCCACCACCUUUCAUCGAAGAAGAAACAAAAGUUGAAGCUUGGAAGAAUGCAGGUCCACGUCCUCGCCCACUUCCUCCACCUCCGGCAAGGCCCAAAUCAUAUAACAUUGAGGGUUGGUGGGGUUGGGUAGCUGAAAGUGAUAAUGAGCCUGAUAGUACAGUCAUGGAGCUGAGGACCAAUGCUCAUAAGUUACUGUGGGAGGCUAUUGACUAUGUGGUUUGUGUUGAAGCCGAUGUAUUCAUUCCUGGAUUUGAUCGUGAUGGGAAGGGACAUCCGAAUUUCGCUAGCUUGGUGAUGGGGCAUAGGCUAUAUCAGUCAGCUUCAUUGAAGACAUAUAGACCUGACAGAAAGGAAGCUGCCAAACUUGUAGACGAGUUUCAUGACCACAUGUAUCAGGCAAAUCGUACUUGGCUAAAGUCAGUUCGGAGGCAUAUGAGAAAAACAUUACUUGAUGGAAUUAUAGAAGCAUCAAAAAAUUCAAAACCAUUGUCCUUUCUCUCACAUCCAGUCCCUGAAUGUUCUUGUUUGAGGCAUAAAUCCUUAGAGACAUCAAAGAAUUCUUCAAGUCCUUCAUCUUCUCAAGUUUGGGCUGCUCUUGGUCUUGCUCAUCAGUGUCCUGCUUGGAUGGACACCGGUUCGGUUUCACUAGUAAAAGAAAAGGAAAAGGAAAAUGAAGAAGAUCUAGAUGAGGAUGACUCCUUAUCAUCUGGAUUGUUCCCUGGGAAAAAUGUUGUAAAUCAAGAAGGUGAUGGAGAAGCAAACAACAAAGAUGAAAAUCAAUUUGAUGAUCAAGAAGAGCUUGAGGGCGGGGAUCGAUGACGUCAACAUAACAAGUUGAUUUUCCAUCUGACGAUCGAUAAUGGACUCACAUCCUCUGCUGUUAGGUACAUAACCAAUUGUUAUUGGCUUAUUGCAUCCAACUUUUACCUAGUGGACUAAAUUUUGAGUGAGAGAAACUGCAAAGUCAUUUGAAUGUGGUUCUGGAACUCAAGUGAUUCAGGAACCAAUUUUCUAGUCUAGAACCAUGUGUGUAACAUUUUGUAGUUUUGAGCUCAAUUACACAAUACAGAAUAAUAUGUUGAUCCUACAUCAAUUUUUAUGUAGCCUAGCAUGAUCUUAGUAGUGAAUAUAAGGUUUAGUUCAAUUUUGAUUCCUUUCUAGGAUAACUUUCUGGUGCAUAGAUUGUAUUGAACUGAUGUAACAUUGACAAGAACUUAACUGCAUUUUUGUACCUGGUGAUAGAUGUGAUUCACCUAUUUUGUUUACAGAGGUAGAAUUGACUGUUAGACAAGGAUGUGGGAUCUUGGAACUUUCUUUGUAACUUGGCACUUGCAUUCCAUAUAUUG